CUGGCAGUUACAAUGUUGAAGUCACCUUUUGUUUUAUUUGUUGCAAGUGCUGUGCUGUUUUCUAGCACAUUUGCAGGUUCAAUUGAGACUUACGAGGAAUCAAAUUCUUCAUCUGCCUCAUCUUCUGGUAGUUCUUCUUAUUCAUCAACAGAAACCAAAGAUGGCAAAACCAGCUCCAAUUCAAAUAGCUCUGCGUACGCUGACGCCAGCGCCAAUAGCUCCUACAAAUCAGGCACCAAAGUUAAAUGCUGUAAGAACGAGAGAUAUGUGAAGUGUCCUACCAUACUCUGCGUGCCUAACACUUGCGACCAGCUCGGGAAACCUAUCUCAUGUCCCCGCAUAGAUCCCAAUCGCUGUCCCGAUAAACCUGCCUGCGUCUGCGUAGAGGGCUACGUCAGGGACUGCAAUGGAGUCUGCAUCCCUAAAAAGCAAUGCCCAUCCUGUGGUGGGGACCCUAACGCUGAAGCAGGCUGUGGUUUACUCUGUGGUCCAAAAUGUAGCGGGAACCGACCUGUCCCAGAGGACUGCCCCUGUUUACUCAAUGGAUGUGUCUGCAAACCUGGAUUCCUUUACGACGACAAGCAAGGGAAAUGUGUGAAAGAAGGACAAUGCUCGCCUUGUCAACAGAACGAGGUGUACACUUCAUGCGCUUACAGUGGAUGCGGCAAAUGGAACUGCACUCAGUACUACGAGCCGAUCCUUUGCAUAGAUACGUUUGAAUGCAUACCAGGCUGCGUGUGCCGUGAGAAAUAUUUGCGUGGACCAGAUGGUACCUGCAUACCACAGGACGAUUGUCCCGCUGCUCUCUGCCCGAAUUCGAACGAGAUAUACGACUCAUGCCCCUUAGCCUGUCCACCGAGACAGUGCGGUAUCGACGACCGGGCUGUGCUGUGCGCUGCAGGACAACCGUGCUUGCCGCCUGGCUGCCGCUGCAAGGACGGUUUUGUCAGGAACGACAAGGGCGUCUGCGUGACUAGGGAAGAAUGUCCGCCUUGUCAACAGAACGAGGUGUACACUACAUGCGCUAACGGUGGAUGCGGCAAAUGGAACUGCACUCAGUACUACGAGCCGGACCUUUGCAUAGACCCGCUUGAAUGCAUACCAGGCUGCGUGUGCCGGGACAAAUAUUUGCGUGGACCAGAUGGUACCUGCAUACCACAGGACGAUUGUCCCGCUGCUCUCUGCCCGAAUCCGAACGAGAUAUACGACUCAUGCCCCUUGGCCUGUCCACCGAGACAGUGUGGUAUUGACGACCGGGCUGUGCUGUGCGCUGCAGGACAACCGUGCUUGCCGCCUGGCUGCCGCUGUCAGGACGGUUUCGUUAGGAACGACAAGGGCGUCUGCGUGACUAGGGAGGAAUGUCCGCCAGAGCCAGGUACUUACACGUGUGAUGAUUCCGUCGAACAACUGCUUUCUGAUGGAAAUAAUGCAUUUACUGGAAUAUUCAUGCAUGAAUCCAUGCAGACAUACCCCAACCAAAGCUGUAUUAUGUCAGCAUUCUCUGUAUUCGUUCCAUUAGGAGAAUUCAUGAUGUACAGCGGUGGUAAUACACGCAACCAGUUAAAGAAAAUCCUCAAUCUUCGAAGUGAUGAUGAUGUAAGAUGCGUUUUCCCCCGACUGACGAAAAGACUCCAAGCAGAACAGAACGUCAUUUUGAAUAUGGCAAGCAGGACCUUUCCAUCCGACGUAUAUCCACUUUCCGAUGGUUUCGUGGAGGAGACGCGCGAAAUAUUCGGCGCUGGUGUUGAACCCCUCAAUUUUAACCAACCACAAGCUGCGGCAGACCGGAUCAAUGCAUGGGUGGCAAAUGAAACUAAUGAUCGUAUCAAAGACAUCGCCACACCGAACAUGUUCAACAGAGAUACUCGUUUAGUUAUAGCUAACGCCAUAUACUUCUUGGGUAACUGGGUCAAGCAGUUUAACCCAAACAACACCAAAGACCGUGACUUCCAUGUGAACAACCAGAAAACUGUCAAAAUCCCAACUAUGUACCAAGAGUCGUCCUUUAGUUAUGGAGAAAAUGAUACUCUGGAUUGUAAAAUGUUAAAAAUGGACUACAAGGGUGGCAAUUUCUCAUUUUUGAUAUAUCUACCAAACGAUGUAGAAGGCUUACCAGCUCUGAUUGAAAAGCUUAAACAACCCGGUGUAUUUUCUGAUUCGUACCAAGCAAUGUUCUAUGCUAAGGUUCAAGUACAUUUGCCAAAAAUCAAAACCGAAUCCGAAUUUGAUCUAGCUGACAUAUUGAAAUCGGCAGGUGUAACAGAUCUUUUUGAUGCUAGCAAAUCAAACCUGACUGGUAUUUUGAAAGUAGAUGAUCCUUUAUUCGUUUCGGCGGCCAAACAAAAAGCGUUUUGUCUUGUGGAUGAAACUGGAACAGAAGCUGCUGCAGCUAACAUCUUUGUGGGAGCUACGACCACCUCGGUUGGAGGGCCUAUUCCAAAAGUUUACGUCUUUGACGCGAAACAUCCAUUCGCUUUCUAUGUAAUGUACGAAAGAAGGAUUCCUAUAUUCAGUGGAUACUUUGUAAACGCUCCUGAAAGUUCAUAAGAAUUUUCAUGGAAACGAAGAGGAAAGCUAUCAACCGUUUGUUUUUUUACUAAUGAAAUACAAUCAUUUAUUAAAAAUAA